AUGAAGCCUGAAGCACUCGACGCCUUUGCCACACAAAGCAUACGCCCAGUGGCGUUGGAAGCUGCCGCAGCUAAUCAAGCAGAGGUGAAGCAGAACAGUACAGAAAGCAAGAUGAAAGAAGAAAAGGAUUCCCCACAAAUGGAGCCCACCCGACCAGCCCUCAACCGCCUCAACACCCCGUUCGGCCAACGUACAGACGGUACAGAGUCCGCAGCCAAAGCCGUGGAGGAAAUCGCGCAAGUUUGCGAAGGCAUUGUGGAAGGCGUCAAAGCAGUCGUGCACGAAGCCGUUGUUUGGACAGAGAAGAAAGCAGAGGAGUUAGCUCAUAGCGAGGACCAUGCUGGACCAUACGACUCCCCGGCGACAGCUGCGGGUGGCAUUUCAGAUCUAGAUGCCAUUGCAACAGGAGUGCUGACAGCAACCAUACCUGUGCAAGAGGAUGGCAAGGACAAUGAGCCGAAGGAUGAGCAGACGUCGGGUGGCAACGACAACUCGAGGUUGUAG